GGCUCCGCUGCGAGGCCCCUCUCAUACUUACACUCAUCCUCCUGUGAAUUCAGUCCAUAUUUAUUUUUUGCACAAGACCGUCUGCUUCAAGUUAUCCUGCACAUCGAAAAAGAGCUACGACAAGCAAUGGGCAGGGACACCAACGGUUUCGCUAGACAUGACGAGGAGUCGUCCGGUCCAGGCUCAAAGUUCAUUGGCGAAGUAGACCUACCUGAGGAUCAGGAACCACUGUUAACGGAGUCGAAGCGGCGCUUUGUCUUGUUCCCUAUCCAGUAUCACGACAUAUGGCGCAUGUACAAGCAAGCAGAAGCGUCGUUCUGGACCGCGGAAGAGAUCGACCUGUCACACGACCACUGGGACUGGAAUCAUCGUCUAAACGACGGCGAGCGGUAUUUUAUCUCGCACGUCCUUGCCUUCUUCGCGGCCUCCGAUGGCAUAGUCAACGAGAACCUUGUCGAGCGCUUCUCCAAUGAAAUCCAGGCCGCAGAGGCGCGGUGUUUCUACGGCUUCCAAAUAAUGAUGGAGAACGUACACUCCGAAACGUACUCGCUCCUCAUCGACACCUACAUCAAAGAUCCGCAAGAGCGCGGCCACUUAUUCGACGCCAUCGAAACCAUCCCAUGUAUAAAGAGGAAGGCUGACUGGGCCCUCCGCUGGAUAUCGGACGAAACGUCGAGCUUUGCCGAGCGACUAGUCGCCUUCGCCGCUGUGGAAGGCCUGAUUAUUCGCGACGAGGGCAUGCAUACCGAUUUCGCAUGUCUGCUCUACCAACAUCUCAGGCGGAGGCUUCACCCGGAUGUCAUCUUGAGAAUCAUCACCGAGGCCGUCACGAUUGAACAGGAACGACUGCUCGUGUCACUCGGCAAUGCAAAACAUUACCACGCAACAAAUCCGUUCGACUUUAUGGACAUGAUCUCGCUGCAGGGCAAGACCAAUUUCUUCGAGAAGCGGACUGCAUCGCCAGCUACGGACAGCGCAUCCACGCUAUCUGCACAUCAAACUAGAUCUUUCACACUCGAUGAGGACUUCUAGUCCGUUGUCUUCGCUCCAUGUGACCUUCGCCGUUGUAUUGUAUUCGCUGGAAUCUGUUGGUGUGGUAUAUUCUCGGAGG